AUGAGCAACGAAUCGAACCCACGUUUGUUGGCGCCAAGGAAGCGACUUGCACGCAUGGCUGCGAAAAGAGACCUCAGGUUAUGGGCUGCCACUGCUCUUCUCGCCGUGAGAUCAAAAGAGAACUCACCUGAGCAUACAGCUGAGUUGAGGGACAACGCCCACGAGAAUCUGCACUCUUUGAAGAUUUCUGCUCUGGCGUCCAAGCGCGAAAUGAACAUCCUUAGUUCCGCAACGGCAUUGAACCCUACGUUUCCGGACGAUCUGCCCCUAGCUGGAACCCCACAUCUCGAGGCUGAGAGUCAGGAUGCAUGUCGAAACGCUGACAGGGAUCUCGGGUUACACUGCACCAUUGAUCAUCCAGGAGGAGGCGAGCUUGCCAGAUCCAGACUUGUUAGUCUCAACGUUUCUCGGCGUUCUCUCAAUGCUGAGACGAUAUGCACCUCUGCAAACCGCCCAUUUCCCGGUGUCCUUUCCAGACCCCGGGGCGCCCAAAUUAUGGCCCCAGUGCUGGGAUCAAAUGCAAGCGAAUCCAGAGCCGGUAAAGAACGAUUGAAAAGCAACGUUGGAAGAUGCUAG